AUCCGACUUGAAAAAAAAGUUAAAAACAAACCCUGUCGCCAUCUCUCUCCCUUGCAGCUUGCUCCACAUAUCUCUCUCACCAAUUUCUUCUCUGUAAGCCCACCCAGUGGAUGUCUCUCCAGUCUCUUCUUCUUCACUAGUCCAUGGGUAAAGGCCGCUCAACUCGCCGUACUCUAGACUCUCACAACAUUAAAUCUAUCAACAAAACCAUCCGAGCCGGAGACUGCGUGUUGAUGAGGCCGUCGGACACGAACAAGCCGUCGUACGUGUCGAGAGUGGAGAAGAUCGAGUCCGACGGCAGAGGCGCCAACGUCAGGGUCCACGUCAGGUGGUAUUACCGGCCGGAGGAGUCGAUCGGAGGUCGACGGCAGUUUCAUGGCUCCAAGGAGGUGUUCCUCUCCGAUCACCACGAUAUCCAGAGCGCUGACACCAUAGAGGGCAAGUGUACGGUCCACAGCUUCAAGAGCUACACUAAGCUCGAUGCUGUGGGCAACGAUGACUUCUUUUGUCGUUUUGAGUAUAAUUCGUCCACUGGCGCCUUUAAUCCCGAUAGAGUCGCUGUGUACUGUAAAUGUGAGAUGCCUUAUAAUCCUGAUGACCUAAUGGUUCAGUGCGAAGACUGCAACGACUGGUUUCAUCCAACUUGUAUAGACCUGAGCAUAGACGAAGCCAAAAAACUUGAACACUUCUUCUGUGAAAAUUGUUCCUCCGGCGAGCGGAAAAAGCUAAAUAAUUCUCAUGCUGCUUCUAGACAUUCAGAGGCAAAGGUGGAUGGGAAACGGCGGCGGAGGUGAAAAAAAGUGCUGGAGAAUUGUAAUACCUGUCUCAAGUGCCUGUAGGAUGCAAGCAAACACUGGCCAAAAGCAUCAGAAGCAAUUGAAAUUUGUGAGCUGAUGUUAAGCAGAAAGUGGUUUGAGACGGUUUGAAAACUCAUAGUUUAGAGGUUGAAGCGGUGUUUGGUUGUCUGUAACUAUGUAGAGUGUAGAUUCUUCCCUUCUUCGGUUUCUUCUUCUUCUUUUUUUUUUUAGGAUUUCCUGUGUAUUAUCCUUAUAAUUAUCGAAGGAGAUAGACGAGCCUUUUCUUUGUAUCUUCUUUGCCUUGGGGUAGCAGAGUACCUUAUAAUCGCAAAGAUUUUGGGUGUCU